UGAGAUUGUUCGACGUCGGUUUCCGCCUGAAGUCUAGAGCGGCGUCGAGACAAACUGGGAAGAUUCACCACCACCUCCAAUAACUAACCUGUACAAUGAAACUGCUAGCAAUAUCUCCCUCUCUCGAUAUCCGCUUCUUCACGGGUGUGCUGCUGGUGAUGGGCCUCUCUACUCCCGGACAAGCAGAAAUCACCAGUCUGGAUUCAGGCAACAUUGAUGACGUCCUAAAUAAUGCUGGGGUGGCAUUAGUCAAUUUUUACGCAGACUGGUGCAGGUUCAGUCAGAUGCUCCAUCCAAUUUUUGAGGAAUCCUCUAACAUCGCAAGGGAGGAGUUCCCUGAAACCAAGCAGGUGGUGUUUGCCCGUGUCGACUGUGACCAACAUUCGGACAUAGCCCAACGGUACCGCAUCUCCAAGUAUCCAACGCUGAAGUUGUUCCGCAAUGGGAUGAUGAUGAAGAGGGAGUACAGGGGUCAGAGGUCGGUGGCGGCCAUCGCCGACUUCAUCCGCCAGCAGCAGGUCGACCCGGUGAAAGAGAUGGACUCAAUGGAGGAGGUUAAUACUCUGGAUAGGAGCAAGAGAAACGUCAUCGCUUACUUUGAACAAAGGGACUCGGAUAACUACCACACUUUUGAAAAAGUUGCCAACAUCCUUCGUGAUGACUGCACAUUCUUGGCUGCCUUUGGAGCCGUAUCUGAGGCCGAGCGCUUCAGUGGAGACAACGUAAUCUACAAGCCUGUGGGGGAGAGCGUCCCGGACAUGGUCUACCUCGGCUCACUCAACAAUUUCGACCUGACCUACGCUUGGGCCCAGGACAAGUGUGUGCCUCUGGUCAGGGAGAUCACCUUUGAAAAUGGAGAGGAGCUGACUGAAGAAGGAAUCCCUUUCCUCAUCUUAUUCCACGUUAGAGAAGACACAGAGAGUUUAGAGAAGUUCCAGCAUGAAGUGGCUCGCCAGCUCAUCAGCGAGAAAGGGUCUAUAAACUUCCUGCACGCAGACUGCGAGAAGUUCCGGCAUCCUCUGCUGCACAUCCAGAAAACUCCUGCUGACUGUCCCGUCAUUGCUAUAGACUCAUUCAGACACAUGUAUGUCUACCCCGAUUUUAAAGACCUCAAUAUCCCUGGCAAGCUGAGACAGUUUGUGCUGGACCUUCACUCUGGAAAGCUACACCGAGAGUUUCACCACGGUCCUGAUCCCACGGACAGUACGCCAGGACAGGAGGAGACGGGAGGGGAAGUGGCCAGCAGCCCUCCAGAAAGCUCAUUCCAGAAGCUGGCGCCCAGCGAGACUCGCUACACCAUCCUCAGUCGGGACCGUGACGAGCUGUGACCUCAGCAGCCUUCCAGUGAUCCUGUGACUCAAUGCCAUGCCCCAGGGUCAGGGUGGGGGGGGGGGUAGGGUUGGGACAGGCAACGGGACAGAACAGCAACACCCAACACCCUUACUGAAGAGAGAUAAAGAGAAGAGGAGGAGAAUGAAGGGAAAGAAGAAGGAGGAGGAAAAACAAGAACAGAAGGAGUUCAGUCCACGACACAACCAUGUUGGAAUAACCUAUAUUUUCAUAACUCUUUCACGUACAGUUUUUAUUUUGGAUCAAAAGGAAGGGGGCGGGGGGUGUAAAGAAGAAAUCGUGUGUGGGCGGGUGUUAGGGGCAAUAGGACAUCAAAAGAAGUGUUUUUACUUUGAUUUGUUUGGAGCUUGUAAAUAUGUUUGUGCUGCAUGGAGUCUCAUUUUUGGUCUAAAUUAAAUGCAGAGUUUUCUUUAUUUUAUUCCUUUCUUUAUUCCGGCUUUUUGUAGUGAAAACUAACAGCAGUUCCCUCACUCCAGUCGUAACGGUUCUUAUCUGUGGGUAGUCCAGUUCAGCCUGUCUGACGGGAGAUGCUUGUUGCUUAGUCUCUCUAACCUCAUGACUGCAUCUCAAUAUGACCAACUCUAGUUUAGUUCAUUUGUAAAUUUGUAAGUUAUAACAAUAUACCUGUUUGAAGUAGCUUUAUCUCCAUAUCUUCUCCACACACAUUCUGAAGGAAUAGAAAACUACAAUUUGAAAUGCUUGGUAGUGGUCACACAACUUCAAACCAUGACUUGUCACAGAAGAUAAAGAGACCAAGCUACUCCAGCCUAUUGAGAUGCACCCCUUCUCUCCCUGGUACUAAAUGGUUCUAGAUCACGUCUCUUACAGUACUUAUAAAAUGUAUUGCCCCCUCGGACCUUAUUAUGCGUCACUGUUUUGAAUCACAGUGGAUGUAAUUAGGAUUUCUCUACGAUUAACAGAAAAUACUAAAAUGUCAAAGCGAAUGAGCCUUCUGGCCAUGAUACUAAAUUCUGUGUUUAGUAAAGCUUAAAACUGCAAAACACCAAGAAGCACAUCCUCCCUACCAUGAAGCCUGGUGGUGGCAGCAUCAUGCUGUGUGGAGGCUUCUCGGCAGCCGGCCCUGGGCGGCGUGUGGCGGUGGAAGGUUAUAUUUGUGCAGCUAUAGAUAUUUAUCCACAACCCCAAACAUAAAGCCAAAUCUACACGGCAUUUAAAAGAAGAAUGUGAAAUAAUUAGUGUAAAACUGUUACAGUCCUAUUGAAGUCGACUUAAGGCUGUAACUGUUGGCAAAGGUGCCUCUUUUACGUCUUGAAGGACAUGAAAACUUGUGCAAUUGGGAUUUUGUUUUCAAUUUUGUACCCAAGAAAUCUGAACGUCUUAUUUUUCCGUUCAGUGGCUAAAAUGCUGAUUACCUCCACUACUGUAAAACAUGCAACGUCAAAGGGGGCUCGAUACCUUUUUAAAGGCGCAGUAUUUGCCGUAACACCUCCGAGUUGUGCUCCCAGGAAUCAAAUGGAGGAAAACCAUUUUUUUGCAACGAUGUAAUUUCAAAUUAUUCUGAAUUUAUGAAAUGGCUGUUUUUUUGCUGUUACCUCUUGUCAAAUGUGUCGUCAUGCCAGGGGAGAUAAAGACUGCGUCCUUCCCAGUGCUUUAAAAAGCCGAGACAAGAGGGGGAAACCCAUGCGAUGAACGGUGGAAAUUUACAGUCUGCCACUUUAUACAACUUCUCUUAAAACUGGUUUUGUCUCUUUAUAUGUCUUUGAGGUUUUGGUACAAGUCCAGCUCCCUGAGAUCCUCUUGAGUGUGAAUUAAUCCAGAUUAAGAGCGUGGGGAACCAUUGCUACGUUUGUACUGUGCAUCCCUGCCCUUCCAUAGAGGCCACCAGAUGCCUGCAUAGUGACAUAUCAGCCCACAUACAGAAGAGCAACAGGGGGGGAGCGUGAGGCCAUUUCUAAAACCAGUCAUCUCAGAGGGGAAGAAGAGUAAAAAAAUAAUGAAAAGGUAAAUUAAAAAACAUUUUACAGAA